AUGGCUGUGAAAUUGGACAUGGCUAAGACUUAUGAUAGGGUGGAAUGGCCUUUCUUACAAGCCAUGAUGAGGAAAAUGGGUUUCUGUGAUUUGUGGAUAGAAUGGGUCAUGAAAUAUGUCAACACUAUUUCAUACUCUUUUAAUGUUAAUGGGGAAUUAAAGAAGUAUAUUUCACCAAGAACUACUGAAGCUAGGAAGCUAAUGGAGUUGCUGCACAGAUAUGAAUCAACAUCUGGACAACUGGUUAACUUGGAGAAAUCAACUAAUCCAGAGGAGCAGAAAAGGCAAAUCUGCCAAAUUUUGGGGAAUAUUAAACCAGUGUCACAAGGGAAAUAUUUAGGACUUCCUAUGGUCAUUUCCAGAUCCAAAGAUCAGCUGUUUGGAUUCAUCAAGAAUAACAUUAGCAAGAGGAUAAUGAGCUGGAAGAGCAAGAUGUUGAGUUCAGCACGAAAAGAGGUACCAUUGAAAGCAGUGUCAAUGCCAAUGCCAACGUAUACUAUGUUUUGCUUCAAACUGUCAAACAGGCAAUGCAAGGACAUUAGUGCACUAAUGACAAAAUUCUGGUGGGGUGAAAUAGGUGGGAAAAGCAAAAUGCAGCUGGUCUCCUGA